AUGGCCGCCUUAGCAGGGGGCAUUCCCAGGAUGGUGCGCCCAACGCCACCACAAAACUACCCAAGAGGCGCGUACUCCCUUGAAGUUUCCACGCCGCUGGGACAGGGCCGGGUGAAUCAACUCGGCGGUGUUUUCAUUAACGGGCGCCCGUUACCCAACCACAUUCGCCACAAGAUCGUGGAGAUGGCGCAUCACGGAAUCCGGCCGUGCGUCAUCUCACGCCAGCUGCGCGUCUCCCACGGCUGCGUGUCCAAAAUCCUGUGCAGGUACCAGGAGACUGGCUCCAUCCGACCUGGAGCUAUCGGAGGCAGCAAACCCAAGCAGAACACCACCCCCGACGUGGAUAAAAAAAUCGAGGAGUACAAGAAAGAGAACCCGGGGAUGUUUAGCUGGGAGAUUCGAGACAAGUUGCUGAAAGAUGGCAUCUGUGAUCGGAAUACUGUGCCCUCAGUCAGCUCCAUCAGCCGGAUUCUGCGCUGCAAGUUUGGAGGAAACGGGGAGGAUGAGGAGGACGAUGAUGAAGUUGAAAAAAGAGAGAUGGAGGAAAACGAAAGACGGGCAAAACACAGCAUCGAUGGCAUUCUUGGAGACAGAUCAAGUCAUUCAGACGAGGGCUCGGAUGUGGACUCGGAGCCGGGGCUUCCACUAAAGAGGAAACAGCGUCGCAGUCGGACGACGUUCACCGCCGAGCAGCUGGAGGAGCUGGAGAGAGCGUUUGAGCGCACGCAUUACCCCGACAUCUAUACUAGAGAGGAGCUGGCUCAAAGAGCCAAACUCACUGAGGCUAGAGUGCAGGUGUGGUUUAGCAACAGACGGGCUCGUUGGAGAAAACAGGCAGGAGCCAAUCAGCUGAUGGCCUUCAAUCACUUAAUUCCUGGAGGAUUCCCACCAUCAGCCAUGUCGAGCCUUCAACCCUAUCAGUUAUCAGACAGUCCCUACCCUGCCACAUCCAUCCCACCAGCAAUGUCAGAGCAGACCAGCACAGUGCACAGGCCCCAGCCUCUUCCCCCUACUUCAGUGCACCAAAGCGGACUAGCUACAGCACCAGGAACCCAAGAAGCCGGUUCAGCCUACUGCCUCUCCUCAGGACGCCACGGCUUCUCGGGCUACUCGGACAGCUUUGUUGCUGCAUCGAGCCACUCUAAUCCGGUCAACCCUACCAUCAGCAAUGGCCUCUCAUCACAGGUGAUGGGUCUCUUAAAUGCAGGCGGCGUGCCUCACCAGCCCCAGGGAGACUUCUCCCUCUCUCCUCUCACCGGUCCUCUGGAGCCCAGCGCCGGCAUGGCUGCCAGCUGCCACUCGUCACAAAGACUGGAGCCUCUGUCCGGGCUGGCCAGCAUGCCCUCCCUGCCCAACUCUCAGUCCUAUUGCCCACCCAGCUACAGCUCGCCAGCCUACAGCGUAGACCACAUGGCACCUUACCAGUACGGCCAGUACGGGCAAAGUAAGGUGCCUUUCAUUAUCUGAAACCCAACAUCAGCUGAGAAGAAACUCAAGCAGGAGAAGAGAGGACAAAGUACCGGACGGUUAAGACAAACCACCUGCUUUUCAGCUAUUCUCCUGACCUAUGACAUCUGCUUUCAGCUCCAUGCCUUCCUACGACCCCCCCUUGGCAUCAGGACCAUUCCACUCCAGCUGCGCCGCAAACCAAGCCGGGUUGGUUCCCAUUCGGAGUGAUUUAGGCUCUGCACUUUGGUUCAUUGUGGAUAAUUAGGACCAAAAAGCCCUCUGUGGUGAGGGCUCCACGGCAUGCCUUCCAACUUCCGAGCUUACUCGACCACUCCCAAAGAGCGCCACGUAAGCAACGAAGUGAAGCAAGACAUGGACAACAGAAGAAAAAAGGACUUCUUAGGACUAUAAAAAUGCAAAAUGAACUUGAAGACUUGUGUAUUUAACCUGAAAUUAACAGCAGGGAAACGUGUAGCACCGGGCAGUCGCCUGUCUGAAUGACAUUAUGUAACAUCAUGAUAGUGUGUUGUUUAUAUUGUAUUGUGUUUUUUUUUUUAGAUAAGGGCUCGUUUUUUUGUACGGAGGUGUAUAAUUGUUUGUCAUUGACAUUCCCAUGAACAGUAAAAUAAAUGAAGCAGUACGAGUUGGGCCCAGCGACGAGAGAAAUUGAGAAUCGGUCGGCUGGUAUGCACUUGUGUCUGAUGGCAUCUUAGGGAUACCAGGACAGAUUAUGACCAGUAUUUUAUUGUAUUCGAUGAUAUCAGUAUGAAAAAAUGGGGACU